AUAACAUUAACAACAAAUUCUCGGUAGUCAGCAAGGGGAGUUCAUCAUCUGAAAAAAAUAAAUCAAUGACAAUUUUGUCCCAAUCUCCAACAACGCCAACGAAAAAAGAUCAACAACCGAAGAAAAUGUCGCAACUCGAAACGUUAGAAGCGAAGAUGGCAAGUAUCGAAGUGAGUUUAAGUGCGUCGUCGCAUCACGUAGCCACGCCACGUCGUCGCAAAGGCACCUCGUUAGGCAGCAUUUCGAUUCGCGCCUCGUCGAAACCGGAUUUGUCGAGCAGCACGAGCAACAUUGCGGCUCUCGUGUCGUCAAAGGAGUCGCCGUCAAAGGAAUUGAGAUCGGCACUUGUUGAACGGGAGGCAGUUAUUCAGAGUUUAAGGAUGCAACUUGGGUUGGCGAAGCUUCCGAGACCUACGGGACCCGCUUUUACGGAAAAUGAGAGACCCGAAGCGGAGCAACGACUCACGAGAUUGUUGAAAGAUGCGGAAAAUAAAAAAGUUGCGAUACGAAAUUUGAAGGCGGCGUUGGAAAAGUUGGAUAUAACGGAUAAUAUUGAUGUGCGGAUCAGACAAGCGGAGUUGGAGUAUGCGUUGGGCAGGGAGGAGCUUCAUUUGUUGUCAAUUGUCGAGGAAUGUCGCGCUUUGCAGGCUCGGCUGGAUAAAUCGAAGCCAGAAGCGAAUACGUUGUUCAAUAUUUUGGAGUCGGGAGGAAAUUUGAGUUUGGUUGCGGUUCGUGCGAAUGCCGGAAGAUGGAAUGCAAGUCACAAAAAUGAUGGACAAGGGUUUGUCGUUGAUUGGGCUCUUGAAGGUGAAUCUUUGUGCAAAAACGAUCGAAUCCUCGAAGUCAACGGAACAAUUAUCACAGGCAAAUCUCGCGAAGAACUCCAAAAACUCAUUGCGGGCGUCGAAAAAUCCGAAAUUGUCGUUUUACGAAAGAAACCCAUCUCCGUUUCGCAACUGCAGCAAUAUCAGGAAGACAAUACGCGUCUCCAGCAUCGCAUUUCCUACCUGGAAGAACAAGUAAACGAGCUCCAAAGCAACAAAGAAAAGGAAAAACAUCUCAACGAGAACCUUUCGAUACUCGCAAACAGCGUUCAAAAGCAGGGAAACACGCACAUCACGAGCAUCAGUAUUUCGAGUCCUCCAUCGACGCCGCCCGACGACAAGCCCCAAGUUUAUCAGCGCGGAUCUUUCGUGGCAAUUGUCGAGAAUAAAUCGAGUCCGUCGCCGCCACAAAAACCGCACAUCACGACGACACUGAUUAAAGACCUGAAAGAGAAAAAAUCAAAAAAUUACAAGCAAAUGCCACGAACUGUUUCGACAUCAGCCCUUUCGAUACAGACAGAUGUCGACAUGAAGCAACGGAGAGAGAUGAGACGAAUGGAAAGAGAGAAAUAUAACCAGCAAUAUCUUAGCCAGAGCACGAACCAUAUUAAUGGAUUGCAUAACGGUAGACACAGUAUUGAGUAUUUGAAUCAGCAUAACACGCAGUUGAGUGAAAAACGUCGCAUCCACAUCGAUCAAGGAAAACGCAUCGACAUGCGAUCCGUUCGUAGCUUAGAUUUCGACAGCGAUAUCGGCGAUAAAUCUGUCGAUUACACAUCCGAGCCUGUAGCUGCAAGAAUCCGUCCUGUGCCGCCAAAGAAGCCCUUGAGACUUUCCCUUCAUCGAGCGCAAAGCUUGCAAACAGUCGAAGCCGUGAUUGCUGAUCUCGAUAAAAAGCGAAUAUUAAAAAGACCUCACAGAACGGAGUCAGCGCAUCAUUUGAACGAAAAUGUGAAUGCUUUGGCGAUGCAUACCGCGUCGCUGGGAAGACAACGAUAUGUUUGAAAAAAUUAUAAAAAAUAAUUAAAAAUGAUAUUUUUUUAGUUUUUAGAAGAGAUUCUUAUUGA